CCACAGCGCAUCGCUCGCACCCUCUCCGCGACACCUCUGCGCGCCUCUCUUCGACUCUCCCUCGCUAGUCACUGCAGCAUGGCGUGGUUCUCGACGCAGUGGAACAAGCUGCAGUCGGCCAUGGGCGACGGCUUCGGCGACGACAGCGCCGCCGCCGGCGCGCCCGGCUCGUCGCGCGGCCGCGGCGCACAGCUGCCGCACGGCCAGGACGCGCCGCCCGUCACGCAGCUCACUGUCGUCUGGGGACGCAACAGGCUGUCCAUCAACCUGCCGUCCGCUCCGCCAGCGACCCUGGGCAUCCUCAAGGCGCACCUCACCGCACAGACGGGCGUGCCGUAUGAGGAGCUCAAGCUGAUCAGCAAUGGCUUCAUCCUGCGCGACGAGCGCCUGCCGCUGGGCCACUACGGCCUGCGCGAUGGCAGCAAGCUCACGCUCGUCUCGCCGACGUCGUCGGGCGACAAGGCCGGCUCGCGCCUGCCGCCGCCGCCGCCCGCCGAGGCCGCGGCGCCGCCAGAGGAGGAGAGCGAGGCGAGCAUCGCCGCCCGCAUCGACGCCGUCCUCGCCGGCGUCACGACGACGCUGCUGCCCGACGUCGAGGCCUUCUGCGCACAUCACGUGCCGAGCGAGGAGAGCAGGAAGAAGCGGAAAGAGGCCGUCGGCGUUGUGCAGAAGGCGCUCGACCGCGUCGAUGCGGCCGCGGGCGAGAAGCAGGACAAGGAGUAGGCGGGCAGCUGGGAGAGCAGGCAAUGCGACACGUCCGUCUGAGCAUCUAUAGAUUUGCAUUUCGUGCGAGGUGGGCCACGGCGUAGCGCGGGCUCACCGCGCCUCGUCGUCGUCGCCGUAGCCGCCCAGAAUCGCGGCGUCCUCUUCUGUCGAGAGGUUGCUGCACGCGGGAUCCGUCAGCAAAGGCAGCGCGGCGAGGCUCCUCGGCACUCACCUGUAGCCGCCAUAGCUGCCGCCGCGGC